AUAAAUAUGAUGACUAUAUAAAGGUAGAUAAUUAUAUGUCUAAUAAUAUUGAUGUUGUCAAUAAACAGAAUAGUUUAUUAAGUGAACAUGUUAUAAAUGCUACAAAUAUUGUUGAGAAUAUUAUGACAUGUAUUGUCCAAAUAAAUAAAGAUACAGAAAUGAAUUUUUUAGAAGAGACAAAAGACAAUUUAUUAAAACUAUAUGAAAAUUUUAAGAAAGAAAAAAAUAUUAUAAAUAAUAAUUAUAAAAUAGUACAUUUAAAUAAAUUAAAAGAAAUAGAAAAUAGUUUAGAGAUAUAUAAUUCAAUAUCAACAAACUUUAAUAAAAUAAGUGAAACACAAAAUAUAAAUAUUUUAAAAAAUGAAUUUAAUAAUAUCAAAACAAAAAUUAAUGAUAAAGUAAAAGAAUUAGUUCAUGUUGAUAGUACAUUAACACUUGAAUCAAUUCAAACGUUUAAUAAGUUAUAUGGGGACGUGAUGUCUAAUAUACAAGAUUUUUAUAAAUAUGAAGAUAUUAAUAAUGGUGAAUUGAAAAAGGUGAAAUUAUAUAUAGAAAAUAUUACAAAUUUAUUAGGAAGAAUAAACACAUUCAUAAAGGAGCUAAACAAAUAUCAGGAUGAAAAUAAUGUAAUAGAUAAGUAUAUAGAAAUCAAUAAGGAAAAUAAUAGUUAUAUAAUAAAAUUGAAAGAAAAAGCCAAUAAUCUAAAGAAAAAUUUCUCAAACUUAUUACAGAAUAUAAAAAGAAAUGAA